AUGGUGCUAGCAGAUCUGCCUGAGAUCAGCCUGCAGCUCAUACCCGAAUAUCUAACAACUUCAGGUGUAAUGGUAAGGUACUAUGGUCCUCUUGCAUUUUUCUUCACAGUCACUACGCUGCUAACAGCCGGAUCAUUUAUGAAUCGAGGAGCGUUCGUUAGCCCACUGGCUCCUAUCGAAGCAUUCUAUUAUGGAAUCAUUGGCAUCUGGAUAUUGCAGAUUGCCUUCCCUCUUGUGGUCAUUUUUGAACUUGUUGGAUGCUUUCUGAUGCGGUUAAUCAUUCCUAAUCUUCCGAUUCGCGGCAAAUCCUACACCGUGGCCGCAACAGUUGCUGCAUUUUUAUCAUUCGCAUUGGUCUACGUUGGGGUGCCUGGCCUCAACCCCGUUGUUGCAUCAUCCAGAAUGUUCGGUUGCGACGGUCUUGACACUCAGUGGUUCAUCGCUCUCUAUUGGCUCUGCCCAGUAAUUGGAUGGUUAUCCGCUGCCGCACUGCAGAAGUCAAUGACAAAGAAGGCUACUAAGAAACUGAAGAAAAAGAGCAACUAG